GGCGGCGUCCUCCCAAGAUCCUUUCAGCGUCUUUGACAUUCCGCCCGCUCGCUCCGACAGCGAGAAGCCGCCGUGGCUCGUCGGCAAUCAGACAGCCGAAGCCGACAGUGAGAAGCCGUCCUAUAGCCUGCAGCCACCCGUCUGCAGCAGCGAGUCCACCUCGGGCGCGGUUUAUAAGGAGGGUAAUACUCUGAUCUGUUCCGACCGUGAUCACAUCGAGGACGAGGUGUCUGUCGACCAGAACAGCCCGCCGCUGACGCUGACACUACUGCUGGACGACGACGACCUGCUAGCCCUUGUCCUAAUGGCCCUGUCCUGGACUGGAGGGCCGACGGGCUUGCUAGCCGCUGGUGCAGUCUGUCGACGCUGGAAUGACGCCGCUGGCUCGAACCAUCUGUGGAGAGAGCUGUGCCGGCGCGACUACCCGGCGGCCGCGUCGCUGAGUGCGGUCGCCAGCUUCCAGAGCGUUUACGCGCGCCUCGCGCGGCCGACGCAGCGGAGACGGCCUCCGCCGCUCGAGCAGUACCAGUUCCUGGUGCGGAUCUGUGCGGGCGACGCGGUGCUGCUCGACGUCUGCAAGCCGCUCUCGGCGACGCCCUACCCGGCGCUCGGCCGCGAGCACCGCUACGUGCACGCGCACAUCGACCUGGCCGCCGGCGCCGUGCCAGAGGCCGCGCUGGAGAGCCAGGAGGCGCUCGUCGAUUUCCUGGGCGAGCUCGCGGUGCGAAACACACGACGAGAGAGCCCGUGGCGGCUCACCGUCAGUGCCUUUCGCAGCUCCGACCAGCGUUGCGCGCUGCUGAUCGACAGCGGCGUGUCGGAGGGGUGCGUGCCGACCGACUAUGCCGGCGGGCACGAGCAGCUCGAGUUUGGCGACUUCGAGACGCGGCUCUUCUCGCUCGACGCCGAGCGGCUCGCGCUGCGGGAGGGCGUCGAGCUCAAGGCGGGCGCCGACCUCGCCUUUCUGGUGGUGCGCACCCCGGCGCCCAGUUGGGACGAGGGCUGGUACCUCCGGCCCGAGCUCUGGCUCAAGGCACACCUGCGGCCGUACCUUAAGGCGCCGCGCGAGCUGGGCUGGGCGCUCGAGCUCUUGCUCGAGGCGAGCGGCUGCGAGGCGGUCGGCGACCCGGUGCACGGCUGGGCACAGGCCGGCCGGCUCGACGGCCAGCUCCAGCACGAGCUCUUCCUGCAGGCGCUGAACGAGGCGCUCACAAUGCACGGGUGAGUCACCCGGUGAGUCAGCCAGGUGAUACACUGUGGGAUUCCCUUCGGAUAAGUCGAGACAGCUGACGCUAGCCGUAAAAAGAAAGAAAGAAAAC